ACCACACGAAUAUCUCUUUUCAUAAGUCAUUCGUCACCAUGUCGGCAGCCAUCGAGCAGCGCAACCAGGACGCGACGGUGUACGUGGGCAACCUGGACGACCGCGUGACGGAGGAGCUUCUAUGGGAGUUGAUGCUCCAAGCCGGUAGUGUAUGCAACGUACACAUGCCUCGCGAUAAGGUCACAGGCGCGCACCAGAACUAUGGCUUCGUGGAAUUCCGCACCGAGGAGUGCGCCGAGUACGCCGUCAAAGUGCUCAAUAUGAUCCAACUGUAUGGACGCGUGAUCCGCGUGAAGAAGGCGUCGAAUGACAGGAAGAAUCUGGACGUGGGCGCCAACUUGUUUAUUGGCAAUUUGGACCCAGAAGUGGACGAGAAGUUGCUGUACGACACCUUUUCUGCCUUUGGAGGCAUCGUCGAGACCCCCAAAAUCAUGCGUGACCCAGACACCAAGGCCAGUAAAGGGUUUGGAUUCGUCAGCUUCGAUUCAUUCGAGGCUGCCGACUUGGCUAUUGAGUGUAUGCACGGCCAGUACCUUUGCAACCGACAGGUGGUAGUACAAUAUGCCUUCAAGAAGGACAGUCACAAUGAACGCCACGGCUCGGAGGCUGAAAGGCUGUUGGCUCAGAGAAAUCCCAAUAAACUCAAGCCUCACACGAUGUUCGCCUUUACAGCUGGAGCUGCUCCAGGAAUGGACGCACCUCCUCCACCUCCACACUUUGACCAGAGUGCAAUGGGGUAUAUGAGCAUGGGAAUGGUGCCACCGCCUCCACCACCAGCAGCGAUGGGGAUGGCCUAUCCGCCUCCACCUCCUCCGACGGGUAUGGUACCGCCUCCUCCACCAACGAGAUAAAGAAGAGAUGGUAGAUAACAGCAUAACGUUCAAUGCUAAAAAAAAUGCUCUUCUAUUUUUU